AUGAGCAAGAAGCAAGGAAAGGUGUUGAGGCCUGCCUCGUUCGAGAACCCUCUCCACCGAAGCGACCAGGGCAAAGGUGUGAAGCCGAUCCACCCGAGCACGACCGACCCCAAGUACACACCGCCGUCGUUCCAAGCGGCGGGCAAGGGGGAGGACGCGGACCUCCUGCAGACAGAAGAAGACGAGGCCUUGCGAGACCAGUCCUAUGCCAUCGGCGCCCUCCCCGACGACAUCGAGUCCAGAGAGCUCGGCCAAAUGCAUGGCGACGUAAGACACUUCAAGAAGCAGCUCAGCGGUGGAGUGCUGGAGGAGUUGAGAGAGACGCCUCAGCCACGACAUGACUCGGGUUCGCUGGUGGACAAGGAAGACAAGGCACUCCUACACGACCGCAUCUUGGCCCAAGAUCCUGCUGAUGGCCUUCCCUACAACGAGUGA